UUUGUUAUGGACUUCAAUGGCCACCGUCUGCUCUCUGCUCUUCCUAAAAGAACUUUAAAUCCUUACAACAUUGAGAGUGACAUUCUAAUUUAUGGAACUGACAAAUUUACUAAACACGUAAAUCUUAAAACUACGGCAAUGAAAACGGGAAAAGAAAGUUCCUUGUGAGUUUCUGUUGUCCUUUUUAUUUACACACGUGGCCCUUUUGUUUACUUUGAUUGUUUACUGUGAUUGAGACUGUGUCAAACUGCGAUCACUUCCGUGUUUUGCCUUUUUAGCAAAUUGACAUUGUUGAGAAACAAGUUGGAGCGCGAUGUUGAACUGUAUUGUCCGUUCAGUGCUGGAUGUCGGCGAGCUGUUUUUCGGCGGUUCUGGCUUGUCAGAGAAGCUGAGCCACGCUCUACCUCUGCUUUCUUUAUUUCUGGGAGGUGUGGUUUUCUUUGUUGUUAUUUUUUACAGGAGGAAAGAUAAGUGUGCAGCUGGUAUCGCUGCCAGCCCCAUCUCCUUUCGUAAACUUCCCAUCUUUCCGGCAUCUACUGUACAGAGGAUCCAAGCAGGGCACCUGUCUCUUCAAGAUGUGCCGGUCAAGCGACCCGGGACACAAAAGAAGCGCCCCCAAGGAGAGCUACCAAAAACGAACAAAAAGCGACAAGAAAAGAGAAAGGCAACAGAAAACAGAGCGUCUGGUGAUGACAAAAUACAAGACUCCACAGAUGUGAACAAGAAGCUGAAGCCUAAGAAGAAGAAAAGAAAGGCUGAAUCUCUGUUGGAUAUGAAUAUGAAAUGGACAUUUUCUGGAAAAGAGAUUGAUGAAGAUAACUCAGGUGGUUGGAUGACUCAAAUAAGCAGCCGAGAAAAACGCCAAAUCAGGAAAGAGCGUUUAAAACACAGAGAUAUCUACAAAAACAGAGGCUCGGCGAUACCAACUCUCAAUAAAUCUGUCCAGGUUGAUGCUGAUGCUAACAAACAAAGAUGUGACUGCUGCACGUCAUCACAAGGAACAUGGAGUGUAAACUACACCGCUAUGGAGCCAGUGACCUUUGGGACAGUACCUGAUAUUUCCUUAUUGUCAGAAGAUUUAUUUACGUUCGACCAAAAUUCUGACUGGAGUCCCCCUACUGAAGAGUGGGGUCAUUUCACAGGAGAAAUCCUCAUGUUGGGAAGUAAAACUGGAGAGAAACAGAUUCAAAUACAAAGAAGAGAAAAAAAAAGAAAAUGAGAAAAGCCUCCUGACCUUCUUCUGUACACAAGUAAAAUCAGAUAAUGCAGUUGCAACAUUAGCUGCAGUGGCUCAGAUUUAGAAAGAACCAUACUGAAUUUUGCUCUGUUUCAGAUGCAGAAUGCUGUUAUCCCUGUAAUGGAACGAAUGAGUGAACUAGGGAAAAUACAAUAGUUGGUGCAAUGGUAACACAUCACCUAUUACCUCCAGAAAUCCAGUUGGAUUUUGUUUACUUUUAAAGCAGUUUGAAAGAGGCAGAAACGUUUCACUUUGUUGUGUUCAGUACUGUUUGCCAGAGGUGAUAUGUUGUGUACUGUAUGUGAUUAUGAAGCCUAGUGAAUGCUAAAUUGACGUGUUGCUGGUGGAUACUAGAUAUGCUUAGUGAGUGCCAUAGUGAAAACAAAAUGUUGAAAUUACUUUUUUCAGAAUUUGCAUUGAUUAUGACUGCUUCUUGUUUUAAAACGAAAAGAAAUGUUUUGAUCUUUUUCCAAGAUGGUUAAAUUACAAAUAAUAGUUGUCAAUAUUUUCUUAUCUCUUUUAUACUGUUGCACUUAAUUCUUAAUGUAAUAUUUUUUAUAUUUAUAAACUGUAUUUAUAGCAGUUUAACAUUGAAGAGUUAAGGUCAUAUUACAAAAGAGCAUUUUCUUCUCCAGAGGAGAGGUGGUCCAUUGAAAUUAGUUAAUUCUGAUCCUCCUAGACUUCUUUUUACUACAGUCUGAACAAAUAACUACUUUGAUGCAUAAAAUUACAUUGGGACAAUGAUUUUCUCACAUGUAUGAGAAAUGUGUGCUUGUCAGCAUUGUGUAUUUUGAAAUAUAAUGACUUUAAAGGGUCAAUGUUCCAAAUUGCAGUACAUCCUAAGUCAGUAAUCUCAUUUGAUUACUCAGAAAAAAAUUAUUUAAAAUUAGUUGUAAUAAUUAUACAUUUUAACACCCUUUAUUAAGGUUACAUUUAUACAUAUGAAAGCUGCUCACACUCAUUGUCUAUAUACCGUGUUUUCUUGACUUUUCUUCCAGGUACUCCAGUUUUCCCCCAGGUCAGAUUAAUUGUGAAGUCUAAAUUAAGUCUAAAUAAAAUCUGUGGAGUGGUUAUAAAGUGAGUUUUAAAGAAUUCACCCUAAGUAUAUGUAUAGUUAUACAAUAUACCUCCACAAGCUUACUUCAGGAUCCCAGUUAUUUGGAGAGCUUAACUGGCUCCCUUUCUGUACA